UUUUUUUUUUUGUGUGUACGUGCGCGCACGCCUGCCUACCGCCUUCCACCCGAAAAAAUAGAUUUUGAUAGGAUCCAAAAAAAUGCCUAGACGAUAGGCCUUUUCCAGAAUGAGGGAUGAUUACAUGAGGCCCAAUUUACAAAAUUUGGUUUGUCAAUGAUUACAAGUUACAAGUCCAAGGGCACGACUUUGAGUCCAUUCAUGUACUUUCAAAUUUCAAACCGUUAUCAUUCCACGCUCACGCAAACAUAUUGAUUUGCUUUACUUCGCUCGAGAGGAGUCGAGGGUUUUCAAGCGUUUAAUCAAUGGCGGAUGUUCAGGAAGUCGAUUCAGCCUUCUUUACACCAAAAACGAAAAAGAGAACAGUCGUUGAGGCUUUGGAUGAUGACGAUGACACGCCUUUGAGACCUAUCUUCUGUUUAAAGAGGAAAUCCGCCAUUAAAGAGUUCGACGAUAAAGAAGACUGUUUCAUUCUUGAUUUCAAUCCAGAAGAAGAUUCCGUUGAUCUCUCAAAAAAGGAUGUCGAAAAUGGUCACCAAAACAACCCCCAUGAUUCUCCCGAUGUUUCCCUAAUCCAUGAAAAGGGACAGGUGGCGUGUAGAGACUACCCCCAUUCCAGACAUUUAUGUGUAAAGCAUCCAUUUACGAAGACACCUCAUGAAAACUGCUGUAAACUGUGCUACUGUUUUGUGUGCGAUGUCCCUGCACCUUGCAUGUAUUGGACUGGUUCAAAUGGCCAUUGUCAUGCUAUUGACAAUGAAGGUUGGAAGUCUAUGAAGGAUGUCUUUAGGAGAAAAUCCAUGAAGACUCACUGAUUCUAAAUGCUUUUUUUUUUUUUUUUUUUUUUUUUUUUAUCUCAAGGUUUUGUGUUUAUAUGCUUAUUGGCCAACCAAAUUCCAAUUGGCCCUUUUCUAAAUAGUGUAAAAAGGUUUUGAAUUUGGAUAAUGAGCAAGUUAUGGUAUUUGAAAUGGAUCAUGCGCAGUUUGUGCUACCGUUUUUUGUGGUUUUUCUUAUCUUUGUAAUUGAGGUUAUGGAAGUAGGUUACAUUCAUAUAUUAUGUGCAGAUUGUGUUUGGGGUUUUUGACAAAAUUAUACUUAGUUGAAGGUGAUCAUUAUUGAAACUUCAUUCAUCUAUGCCAUUAGAUCGUUUUCUUU